AUGCCCUGUCACCGGAUCCCCCACCAAGUGCUCGCGGGUGCUCUUCAUCCUUAUAAGCUGCCUCCUCUUCCCAGUCUGUCUAAAGACUUCGUCGCGCAUGGGCCACACGGGCGGCCUGAAUCGCUCAAUGGGCUCUUGCCAUCACCACCGCCCCAUGUGCUACCAUCGACUGACACCGGGCCGCAGCGGGAGGCUCCCGAGGCGACAGAAGCGGGCCCGCGCAACCAUUCCACGGGUCAUUCUGAGUACCGGCGGUCAGCAGGUGUAUAUCUGUCCAAGGGGUCACUCUUCGGUAAGGGAGGAGGUCGAGAUAGAGAGACCGAUCGGCGUGAAGAGCAAGGUGACGGAAGAGCUGAUGGCGACGGCGGCGAUGGCGGUAACAGUGCUGGGGGUGGUGAAGGCAGUGGCUUGCGUAGGCCGCCGAGAGGCAGAGUAGAGCGGUUGUCACCCGAGCCCGUAAUUAGGAUUUUUAACAGUUCUAUGGACGAAAGGGAGUCGGUGCCAAUGUUUGGAGCGCAUAGGAAACCCUCCGACUCCCGAGUCCGUGUUACACGUUAUGGCUCGUGUCUGCCGGCUACUUCCCUGGUCCAUGAAAUGCCCAGGGGUAACACUGAAGGAUAUGUCAUCAAGAUCGCUAUUCAUCCUCGAGCGAAAAAAGAGGCACUUGACAAGCUUGCUAGCUAUAUACGUCGGGCAGGGGGCACGCAGGUGGUGCCUCUCUCGGGAUCAUGCCUGGGCUUUACUGCACAGCUGACAAAACCGGAGAUGGAACGUCUUUACGCUAUGUGUCCUCGCCCGUUGGGAUUGGCCAUUACGCCCGUCGUUAAGAAUUAUUGUUAUUACUCCUCUUUCUCUAUAUAA